AGUUUAUGACUAAUGGGGAAUAGAUUAAAGAAGGGGUGGGGUCCUUGUGGAUACAAUACCCAGGACAGAUACAAACAUUUCUGUCACAGCAUAUCCCUCUCCAUCUUUUCCUGAAGGAACUCUACGGCAGCCAGUCAGACAGAAACUUUGAGGUUAAUUGGUGAAAAAUGCCGGAGGAGAAAGAACGAGAGAAAUUAGCCAAAGUCAUCAGACAGUGGAACAACAACAGACUGGACUUGUUCGAAAUAAGUCAACCUGAUGAGAACUUGGAGUUUCAUGGUGUGAUGCGCUUCUACUUUGAGGAUCAUGUUGGAGGAAAUGUGGCCACAAAGUGCUUGCGUGUUGGCAGCAACUCUUCGACUCACGAGGUUAUCGACACUCUUUCUGAGAAGUUCAGGCCUGAUAUGAAGAUGCUGACUACAAGUUAUUCCCUGUAUGAGAUUCACGCCAAUAAAGAACGUAAACUGGAUCUGGAUGAGAGGCCUUUGGUUGUACAACUAAACUGGAACACUGACAACAGAGAGGGACGUUUUGUGCUCAAGAAAGACAGGGAGAGUUUGGAGGAAAACUGUCACGAGAAGGAAAAAGGAGGCGUGAUCCAAAGCUUCAAGAGGACACUGUCAAGAAAAGAAAAAAAGAAAGAGAAGAACAAAACUAAAGCGACUGACAAGGUUUCAGAGGAUGAGAAUGGGUCAACUGAAAAGCUACUGAACAACAACAACAGCAUUUGUGUGUCUAACCAUGAGAGGAAAAAGAACUGCACGGAGAACAAAAAUCAACAAAAGCAGGCCGCCCCGGGAGGAAAGACAGGAAGUCUUUUUCCAGACUUUUCAGAUCAACCAGGAUUACCAAUUGGAAUUAAAUGCUGCGAUAACUCUGAGGAAGCCUUCCUGUCUGCAGUCAUAAAUUACACCAACAGCUCCACAGUUCAUUUCAAGCUCUCACCUGCAUACAUCCUCUAUGCUGUGGGACGCUUUGCUCUGCAACGCCAUUACAGGCGAGGCUCUCCACCCUCGGGGCAGACACUCAGCGUAACUUCGAUCACGAACAAAAUGGUGGCCAUGACAGAGAAGGUCAUCCAGAGACAGCAGGCCAUCGCCGGGGCUCUUGCCUUUUGGAUGGCAAACUCCUCUGAGCUACUGAACUUCCUCAAGCAUGACAAAGACCUCAGCUCGCUCACACAACAAAGUCAGCUGGAUCUGUCCCACCUGGUGCACAAAGCUUACAGUUAUCUGCUACAGUGUCUACAGAGUGAAUUAAGGAAGCACUUGCCAACUUUUCUGAUUGACCCUGAGCAACAUGGUGCGCUGCCAGCUGGUAUAGAGAUGGUGCUCAACACCUUGAUGAACACCAUGUCUCUAUUACGCCGCUGUCGGGUCAACCCUGCCCUCACCAUCCAGCUCUUCUCCCAACUCUUCCAUUACAUCAGUGUCUGGCUCUUCAACCAGCUGAUGAGUCCAGAGGCCGACACUCCAGGCCUGCGCUCACACUACUGGGGAGCUGCUCUCCGCCAGAGGCUCACAGCCAUCGAAGCUUGGGCGGAGAGGCAGGGCCUGGAGCUGGCUGCUGACUGCCACCUCGGACACAUCAUCCAGGCAACCACGCUCCUGACCAUGAACAAGUACUCAAUGCAAGACGUGAAGGCUAUCCACAAUACCUGUUUCAAGUUGAACUCACUGCAGCUGCAGACGUUGCUAUCCGGCUACCUCUAUGCAACCAAUGAACCUCACAUCCCCUCUGAUUUGAUCGAUGCUGUAGCGACGGCUGCAGAGGCCUCGGCAGAUAACCUGAUUCGGAGCGAAGGACGGGACAUCCAGAUGGAGGAGAGCCUUGACCUCCACCUGCCCUUCCUGUUGCCGGAGGGAGGAUACUCCUGUGACACUGUGAGAGGAAUCCCUCCAGGGUUUAGGGAGUUUUUGGAGCCGAUUUGCCGGAAAGGUCUCUGCUCUUUGACAUCCCAGCCGAACUCCAAAGGUGACUGGACUGUGCACUUCAGUGAACCAACUUAUGCAGAGAGCACAUACUUGGCAGCACACGGAGAGCCAGACAUUGUGACGAUCACACUGAACAAACCUCUGAACAGUGGGAUGGGGGUCAGCAUUGUGGCUGCCAAGGUGACUGCCUUGACAGUAUUCAAACACCAAAACUACCUGCUUACUGUCCCAACUAAUAAAUGCCCUCUCUCUCGUUUACCACAGGGAGCGGGGCAAGGCAACCUCGGGAUUUAUAUCAAAUCUAUUGUCAAAGGAGGACCGGCUGAAAUGAACGGCAGGUUAACAGCUGGGGAUCAGCUGCUGAGUGUGGACGGUCAAAGUCUGGUCGGCCUCAGCCAAGAAAGGGCAGCAGCCAUCAUGAUGCAAACCGGCCCCGUUGUGACCUUACAGGUUGCAAAGUUUGGAGCAAGUUACCACGGCCUUGGAGCUCUGCUGAGUGAGCCGACCCCCGACCGGACUACAGGCGAUAACAGCCACCCUAAGCCAAAUGGCAAAGCGCUGAUGCUGUACAGUGUUGUGGAUCCUGGCCCGUCAGAUCAGCUCCAUGGAGCCAGCAGAAGGAGAAAAGAGCAGAUGAUGCAGAGAAACAGACAACUGUAUCGCUCCAACCCCAACAUGACAGCAGAUUUCUCCCCCGAGGAUAAAGAUGAACCUGGUGACCCUGUUGUGAGAGGGAACAACAUGGCUGCUGUCUCCAGUGUCAACCUUUGUGCUGAUACAUGUCACAGGGAAUACUUGACACUGCCGAACCCUAAAUCCCAGGACAAGAAUUUAUCUGACUCCAGUCGAACACAGCACACACUAAAAGUGUCUUUGAGGCCUUUGGAUGGACAGAGCUCCAGUAAGAGGACCUUCAUGCGCCAGGCUCUGUCACAGGAGAACCUGUGUGUGGACAGUGGAGGCCCCCUGCUGGACAAAAGUCAGAACAUGUGGGAGCAGAAGACGCAGCGUGCAAAGCAAACAAUGAGCCACUAUUCAUCUUUUCCAAUCCGCUCAAGUGUUUCCACUCAUGACAUCCUCUCAGAUAAUUGUUCUCCUACAAAACAGCAGCAGGGCAGCCGUACAAGUGGCGCCGGUGUCUGGAGAACUCCUUUCUCACAACAUCCAACACCGACGCCGUCCAACCAACCAGUACGCAUAGACAUCCCUGUGACCAGGGCGGUGAACGCACACACAAAUCCUCCUCUCACCACCUUCCAGAGUUCAUCUCUGCUGGCUGUGAGGAUGAGCCAGACCCUUAAACUAAAUGGAAGUAAAAACAGUCAUGUUUAUGCCUGUCCCGUCACUGCAGUGAAGAAGCUGCCUCACACCUCACAUCUGUCAUCACAGCAGAGAUCCACCACACCCAGGGAUCAAGCUGCAAAGCCCCAAGUAAGCAUCACUCCAACAAAACACGUCUCCUUCCAAGAACCUCCCACUCAGCAGAAGCAGGGAUCAGCUCCUACAAAGCCCAGAGACCCUCGGGAGCUGUGUGACCCCUGGAGGAGGGAGGCCCAGGAGAAGCUGGAGGAGCAGCAGAGGCUCCAUGUGGUGCAGCUCCUGGAGCAGGAGGUGCAGGAGCUCCAGGGUAAAGCCAGGCGCACGGCGGAGGAGAACGACCGGCUCCGAAGGCUCACCCUGGAGUGGCAGUUUCAGAAGAGGCUGCAGGAGAUUCAGCAGAGAGGAGAGGAUGAGGAGGAAGAUGAAGAUUUGGACAUGAUGGUGACGAUACAGCAGCUGGAGAGAAGAACACAGACCAGGAGAAACUCUGCUGGGAACACCGAGUUGAAAGAGUUGGAAAAGCAGGCGGGAACUCAUCCCUCCCAACAGGAAGACAAAACGAGGACAGAUCAAAGAGGAAGCGGACGGAGUCAGGACUUUAACAACAUGGCAGCAAAAGAAAGCCAGGAGGAGAAAAUCAAGAGAGCGUCGGCUCCUGAGAAGCUCACAUUCAAGGAGCGUCAGCGUCUCUUCUCUCUGGCAUCCAGUGCUUAAAUAAAGGUUAAAGCCUUGUAAACAGAAACUUCGAAGCAGCAACAUGUUCACAUAAACAGAAGUAAUGAUGUGAUAGCAAAAGGACAGUAUACAGUACCAUGUUAAUGACAGUGUGAGGAUGUAUUCAAUGCAGUCGUAGUGUGUAGUAUUGUAAAUUCUAGAUAAUAAAGAGUUCAUUUGGCAAUAUGAUCGAGGUUUUAAGCUUAUCAACUGUAAAACUUGUGCUACCUCUGCCUCCUCUCAGAAGCAGAACAGUUA